GCCGAAGGAAGAAGAUACCCGUUGGCAAAGUAGGACUCAGCCUGAAUAAUAACGAGCGUGGUUGGGUGCAAUCGUGGAGAAAACGCGAAGGAAAGCCGGACGAUCGUCCUCGGCUGCGGGCUCGGAACUCUCGGAACCUUCGGACAUCCCUACGAAUAGACGAUGCCAAAGCCACGGCAUACAGGCGCCCACGUCUGCCCGCUAUGUCUUUUCCUAUGUCCUACAAAGACUUCGCUUACGAAACACUUGGACGAUGUUUGUUUCUGUCCCUUGCCCAAGCGGACGUGCUCGCAGUGCAGGCGCGUGCAUAAGGCGGCGGCUGACCUUAUUACAUGUCUGCAUGAGGAGAACCCUGACACGGAAACGAUACCAUGUUGCGUAAAGAACUGCAAGAUAGAGGCAAGCUCAGUCACAGAGUUUGCGCAUCACUACCGUCAGAAGCACGGCCGGGACGCCCCAUUAUACGAGAAUAGUGCAAUAUCCUCCACGACGUCGUCAGGCGUAUUCCCACCACCACGGAUAGGAGCCGCCGCCGCGAAGCUUGCGCGUGCAACUUCCCAAGAGUCCGCCCCAGUCCCGCCGGGCACACCUAGCCAACCUAAUAGGAAUGAUUUCAGGGCAUAUGGGUCGCCGAUGCGGGUUGUUGAGGAGCAUACUCCACCUGCGAUCGCUCCAUUUACGUUUCCGCAGCACAGAAGGCUUGUGCUGGACGGGAAACUGAUCGAUGUCGUCUUGAGAUUGGAGGAGUAAGGGUCACCAGUGCUGCGAGUGUUGGCUGAAUUGUUUGCGCAACUGACUGCUUACUCCUUCGUUGUAGCGAUCGCCCCGCUGUCCGAGGACUGGCAGAACGAUUGGCAGUAGAUCCUCGUAAGAGUGCCUGUGUCAGGGUAAGUAGCAGCACUGGUGUGAUGUCCAAU